AAUAACAAAACUUUUAUUUCAUUCAAACAAUUGACAAUUCAGAUAGCUGUUUGUUUAAAUUUUUGGUGGUUUUUAAUUGAUUUGUUUGUGGUUACAUGAACCAAUAUUUAAUUAGUGAUAGAAAGCAGUUGUUUAGGUUUAUACUUGAAAAUGUUGACUGAACAAAGUAGUUCAUCAGACUCAGCUGAGACAGUGUCACUGACACUUGGUACUGUACCAGUUGGAUUUAUUAUUUCUGAUGAUGGUCAUGCACUUCUAGCUGUUAUAGAAAAUGAAGAUGGAAAUUUGGAAGUUAUGUCAACACCAGUUGCUUUUAUACAGCCAAACAAUAUAACAGCAUCAACAAAACAAACCACUGAAAAUAUAAAUGAAAAACAAUUGUUUCAAUUGAAUAUUAAAAACGAACUCACACCAAUAACUAAUACAGAAAUUCAACAAAUAGAAACACAAAAAAUAGAAGAAGAAAAAGAAGAAGAAAAUAUAAAUUUAUCUGAAAUUGAAACAAAUGAAUAUAUUAUAACAGAAAUGCUGGACGAUUCUGUUACACUUCAAGAUAAUGAAGAGCCAAUUAAUUUAUCACCAAAAAAAGGUCCAGGUAGACCAAAAAAAGAUGAAGAAAAAGAUUCACCAACAAAAAGUAUUUUAAAAUGUGAAAUAUGUGGUGAAGAAUUUAAAAAAAAAAAUAUUUAUCAUAAACAUAUGGAUCAUCAUGCUGCUGAAAAGCCUCACAGGUGUCCAAAGUGUCCAGCAUCAUUCAACAUACCAUCAAAUUUUACACUUCACAUGGCAACACACAGUACAGGUGACACAAAAUGUCCAGAGUGUGGUAAAAAAUUUUCAAGGAUAGCUAGUUUUAAAGCCCACAUGAUGAUCCAUCAAAAAGAGGACAAUUUAUUUUGCACAGAGUGUGAAGAUUUAUUUGCAACAAAGGCCCAAUUGGAUGCCCAUUUGAAACUUCACAAUGAAAAAUGGUCAACUGAUGAUGUGAGAAAGUGCAAACUAUGCAAUAAACAAUUUACCCAGCCUGCUCUUUAUCGUCUUCAUAUCCGAGAACAUUACAGACUUCAAACUAAAAUUAUGAAACAAACAAAACGUGGGACAAAACAAAAAACAAUAUACAAAUGUAAAAUUUGUAAUUUUAAAAUUUUCCAAAAACCAAGUCAAUUGGUUAGACAUUUAUUAGUUCAUACUGGUGAAAAACCUUUCAAGUGUUCCCAAUGUUCACGUGCAUUUUCACAAAAAAGUUCACUAAAAAUUCAUAUGCUUAGACACAUUGGACUUCGUCCAUAUGCAUGUGAUCAAUGUGAUGCAAAAUUUAGUCAAAAAGGUAAUUUAAAUGCUCAUAUAUUAAGAGUACAUAAUAUAAAAGAAGGUGAAGAAAAAUAUAGUUGUACCCAUUGUCGUUGUACAUUUAAAAAAAUUGGUAAUUUAAGUGGACAUAUUAAAAAAAUGCAUCCACAUUUAACGAAAGAAUCAGUUGAUUGUGACAGUUCAACUGAAAUGACAAAUGAUCAGUCAAAUAUAACACCUGAUUCAAAUGCUAUUACUGAUAAUAAUAAUGCUGAUUCAACAGAUAAAGAAUCACAAAAAAUCAUUGAUAAUGAUAUACUACAACAAGCAUUAAAAAAUAGUGGUUUAUCAGUUAAAAAAAAAAGUCCAGAAUCAUCAACAACAUCAACAACAAUAACAAAAAAGCCAGAUGGACAUACGUCAUAUGUAACACUUGUUGAUCGUUCACCAGAUGGUUCAUUACGUAAUAAUAUAACAAUAAAACAACGUAAAAUUGGUGGUACAAGAUGGUAUGCAUGUUCAUAUUGUCAAAAAGAAUUUAAAAAACCAUCAGAUUUAUUUCGUCAUCGUCGUGUACAUACAAAUGAAAAACCAUUUAAAUGUACAUAUAUUAAUUGUAAUAUUUCAUUUGCACUUAAAUCAACAAUGAAAGCACAUGAAAGAACACAUAAUAGUAUUAAAAAAUAUUCAUGUACAAUGUGUGAUAAAACAUUUUCAUGUACAGCUAGUUUAAAUUCACAUAUUAAAACUCAUUUAAAACCAUAUAAAUGUGAAAUUUGUAAUUCAUCAUUUAGUACAAAUACAGUAUUAAAAAGUCAUAUUAAAAAUCAUAAUAAAAUUAAAUUAACUGAUGAUAAUAUUAAUGAUGAUUCUUUACCAAAAAUAAUAUUGGGUGAGCCAUUGUUAAUAAGUGAUACUGGUGAUAAAAUAAGUGUUGAAGAAAUACAAUCGAAAAAACGACAUGUACAUGAUAUUGAUGAUAGCAUUGGACGACCACAUAAAUGUUGGAUAUGUCCAGCUGCAUUUAGAAAAAUAAGCCAUUUAAAAGCACAUCAAAGAAUUCACAGUGGUGAAAGACCAUAUCAGUGUAAUAAAUGUGAUAGAAAAUUUAUAUCAAAUAGUGUAUUAAAAGCACAUUUAAAUACACAUGAUGAAACAAGACCAUAUCCAUGUCCAAUUUGUAAUGCUAAAUUUUCAACACACAGUAGUCAAAAAAGACACAUGGUUACUCACAGCAAUAAAAGACCAUUCAUGUGUCCACAUUGCCAUAAGACAUUUAAAACAACAGUCAAUUGUAGAAAACACAUGAAAAUUCAUCAAAAUGAACUUGCACAAAAAGAAAUGGAAAAAUUAAAAAAUGAUGAUAAAAUUAUUGUUUUAAAUGAGGAAGAAAAAAAAGAUAUGCCUGAUGAAAUUUUGACAAAUAAUCUUAAUUUGUCUGAUGACAUUAGUUGUAAUUUUCAAUCAAAUAUAACGUCUGAUUUUGCACAAGCAUUUUCAGAUCAAUAUCAAGCAAUUACUCAUGAAAAUAAAGAUACAUUUUUGAAUGAUAAUAAUCCACAAGACAAUAUUAAUGAUAAUGAUAAUUUAACAACAACACAAACAUUACAUGCUGAUGAAACUGGAACAAUAACACUUCCAAAUUAUUCAGGAGAUCAAUCACUCACUCCAGAGAGUAUUCGUGAAAUUGAAGAGACACUUAAUCAGCAGUUAUUUAAUAUUGGAAUGAAUCUUGGUUUGGAUAAUAAUUUGUCACGUCAAAUGAAUGAUUCAGACAGUGGAAUUAUGGAAGAAUCACGUGAACAAUCAUCAUUGAAUAUAAUAUAUGAAGAUCAAAAAUCACUUGAAACUUCAUCAGCAAUAAAUCAAAGUAUAUUUGGACCGUCAUCUCAUUUUGAUACGUUUGACAUGAGCCAAAUAAAUUUACAGACGGAUACGGAAAUUGACAUGGGUAUAAGUUCUGAAAAUUCAACGAGUAUGGCAAGUAUAUUACCAAGAUCAGCACAAGAAGAACAAAUAUUUAUUCCUGUAACAACUUGUGAAAAUAAUCAUCAAAUAACAUCACACAUGGUGGAUGCUGCGAAUCAAAUACAACCAUCAAAUGAAAUAACAUCAAUAACAAAUUGUCAAAAAUAUCAAAAAAUUAUUGCUAAAGCUGAUACAACUGAUACAUCAUCAUUUAUUAAUCAAUUUAUAAAUGAAAAUGAUAUUAAUACACAAAUUAAUUCACCAACAAUUAAUAAUAUUGAUAAACAAAGUAAUAAUUUAAAUUAUUUACUUGAUAAAAAAACACUUUUACAAUGUCAUAUAUGUUACAAAAAAGAUUUUACAGCUGAUUUAUUAAAAAUACAUCUUAAAACACAUAAAAAAAAAGAAUUUCAAUGCUCUGAAUGUGGACAAAAAUGUUUAACAAAUGGAGGUUUAAAUAGACACAUAAAAACUCAUAAAAAUAAAACAUUAAAUGAUAAAGUAUCAUAUGACAUAUUUGAUAAUGAAGAAUUUAAGCUACAAAAUAAUAUUAAUUGGAAUAAUCAAGGAAUUGAUGAGCCUGAUAGUUCACAAAAAUCACCAAUACAAUUGGAUAAUUUAUUAGCAUCAAAUGAACAAAUGAUUAAUGAUGAAAAACAAGAUGAUAAUGAUAGUAAAAUAAAAUCAACAAAACGACAAAUUAAAAAAAUUCAUAAAUGUAAUUAUUCUGAUUGUAAUAAAAGUUUUCGUAAACCAUCAGAUUUAGUACGUCAUGUUAGAACACAUACUGGUGAACGACCAUUUAAAUGUGAUUAUUGUACAAAAAGUUUUGCUGUUAAAUGUACAUUAGAUUGUCAUAUACGUGCUCAUGCUGGUGAAAAAUCAUUUUAUUGUGAAAUUUGUAACAAUCAAUUUUCAACAAAAGGCUCAUUAAAAGUACAUUUACGUCUUCAUACUGGAUCAAAGCCAUAUAAAUGUACAAUUUGUGAUCAAAGAUUUCGUACAUCUGGUCAUAGAAAAGUGCAUCUAAUAAGUCAUACAAAAGAUAAAAAUAAAGAUGAUAAAAAAGCUGGAAUAUAUAAUGAAACAAUGAUUAAUAAUGAUUUAUUAAAUAUUGAUAAAAGCAUUGAACAACAACAGGAAAAUAAUGUACAAAUAAUUGAUAAUACAAAUGACACAUUAAAUACAAUAAUAAAUGAGUCACAAUAUCAACAACAGCAACAACAACAACAACAACAUCAACAAGAACAACAACAACAAACAACAGACUAUCAAAGUUUAGAUGCAAUAACAAUUGAUACAAAUUCAUUGACAAAUCAAUUAUCAUUUAAUAAUGAUGGUACAAUAAUUAAUAACAGCAAUGUAUUGUCAGUUAAUGAUAACAAUGAUUUUGUAACAAAUUUACAAUUAUUAUUAGCAACUGGUCUUGUUACUUUAACAACUGAUGAUGCAAUAUUACCAAAUGGUAUUAAUAAUUUAAAUGAACAACAAGAAUUAGUUACAAAUGUCAUUGAUCAAUGUAAUAAUAUACAAAUUGAUAAUAUUAAUACACAGUUGAAUGAUUGUAUAACACUUGAACAAUUGUCACAACAAUCAACAACGUCAUAUGAAUCAACAAAUUUAAUUGAUACAACAUUAACACCAACAGCAACAACAACAACAACAACAACAACAGUGCCUUUAAGCCAACAAAAUAGUAAAGUUAAUAAAAAUACUAAAGUACCAGUUAAACAUGAAUGUGAUUAUUGUGGUAAGACAUUUAAAAAACCAUAUUUAUUACAACGUCAUAGAAGAAUUCAUACAAAUGAAAAACCAUUUAAAUGUGAGCUAUGUGAUAAAUCAUUUUCACAAAAAUCAACACUUAAAAUACAUGGUAAACAUCAUACUAAUGAUAGACCAUUUAAAUGUGAACUUUGUGAUAAUUCAUUUACACAAAAAUGUAAUUUACAAACACAUUUAAAGAGGGUACAUCAAAUUGAUACAAGUGAAGCGAAAAAAUCAAAACGUGGACAACAGUUGUUGAGUGAUAAAUUAACACAAGAUAACUAUUGUCAAUUUAAUGAUAAUAGAAUAUUAAAUUUUGACGAUGUGUCAUUUGUUGAAUUUCUUAAAAAUUAA